CACCGCGCCCCCAGCCGUCGCCCAUGGCCGAGCGAAACGGCCAUUCGUCGCUCGAGGCCGGCCCUCCGCCCCCAGCCAUGGCCUCCCGCGAGCUGGCCGGCUUCGAGCGCCCCAUUUCCAACGACGCCCACGUCUACGACGACGUGUCACGCACCGUAUGCGACUUCAUAUGGAACACGGCUGUCAACAACGAGGUCGUGCGCAACGCCGUCGCCGACCCCAAGGUGCAAUUGGAGGUGGAAGCGCGCUGGGGCCAGAUCAUAGACAAGCAGACGGAUCAGCGACUCCGUGGGUUUUGGCGCACAGAGACUGUUUUGAAUACCGAGGUCCUCGAGGUUAAGUUUGAGAGUACCAUGACGGCGCAACAACACAAGCGUAUGAACUUGUUUCUCAAUGCUCAAGUGCAGCAGUCGAAAGCGCCGGGCGCCCCGCGGCCCCCAAUCAAUUACCGGCAUACCUACGAGACGGACAUGUUCUACGAGCUCGACCAGCAAGGCUUUAGCCAGCUGAACCCGAUAGUCCAGCGUCUCAUCAGCGCAGCCGGCGGCCGCCAGCGGGUUCGCGUCACGCGCGACAAAAACACUGGCGAGUUCCUGCGUGCCAUCAUCAAACACCGGAUAGCCAACCUCGAAGUCAGCUCGCCGAGAACAGAGUGGGACUACCGCAUUGGCAUCAACCUGGAAAUCGACUUUCCAGGCCCCGUUGAGAGUCUUGUGCCGGCCGUUGAGAGCGGCAAGACGGCCGAGGGCAUGCAACGGCAAAAGGAUCGCAUGUCAUACUCGUGGCUGGGCGCCUACCAGGUCGAUCUUACGCAAGUUUCGCAAGGGCCGAGCAAGAACCACGAGCUGGAGCUGGAGCUUGACUCUGGCGUGCUUAUAGCAGAGGCAGACAAGAUUCGGCGGAAAGAGCCCACCAAGUUCGAGAGCUUGAUCAGCGGCAUGAUGAACAACUUGCGAGUCUUGUCGCGUGAGAUUACGCCCGCUGGCCCUGGUGCUUGAACGGCCUGCAGACUGUAAUAUUAACAUCAUUUCAUCCUGGGCGUUUGGAAGAUAUACGACGAAGCACCACACUUGGGACCCAGCAUCGUCAGGAGUUAUUUAGUGCUUUUUUAAAAC